AUGGUGGUGAAUGAUGCUGGCAGGCCUAAGGUCCAAGUGGAAUACAAGGGAGAGACAAAAAGCUUUUAUCCAGAGGAGGUGUCAGCCAUGGUUUUGACAAAGAUGAAGGAAAUUGCCGAAGCCUACCUUGGGAAGACUGUUACCAAUGCUGUUGUCACAGUACCUGCUUACUUCAAUGACUCUCAGCGGCAGGCCACCAAAGAUGCUGGGACUAUUGCUGGUCUCAAUGUACUUAGAAUCAUCAAUGAGCCAACUGCCGCUGCUAUUGCUUACGGUCUAGACAAAAAGGUUGGAGCUGAAAGAAACGUGCUGAUCUUUCAUUUGGGAGGUGGCACCUUCGAUGUGUCAAUCCUCACAAUUGAAGAUGGCAUCUUUGAGGUCAAAUCCACAGCUGGGGACACCCACUUAGGCGGAGAAGACUUCGACAACCGAAUGGUCAACCAUUUCAUUGCCGAGUUCAAACGCAAGCACAAGAAGGAUAUCAGUGAGAACAAGAGGGCUGUCCGUCGCCUUCGUACUGCUUGUGAACGCGCUAAGUGUACCCUCUCUUCCAGCACCCAGGCCAGUAUUGAGAUUGAUUCACUCUAUGAAGGAAUCGACUUCUAUACCUCAAUCACACGUGCCUGA